CUACAGUUAGUCCAUAUCAGGAUGAUCAGAAUCUGCCUUCUUUGGGGACUUCUCUCUCAAGUGUACCUGAUUCAGACUGAAGAUGCUCCUCAACCAAUACCAGUGACUACUCGUCUAUUUGGAGACAAUAUAUCUUUGCCAUGUCCUAAAGCAGAAUCUGAACAAUUCCUGUACUGGUACAGACAAACUGUUGGCCAACUGCCCCAUCUUGUCGCAUCUGUGUCCUAUGCAUCAGAACCUGUACUUAAAGGAGAGUUUAAGAACCCACGUUUCAAAGUGGAGGAAUCUGAAUAUGUGUAUAAUCUCAUUAUCAGAAAUAUCAGCACAUUAGAUGAGGCAACAUACUUUUGUGGAAUUGGGACAAUAUAUGGGAUGAACUAUGGAUAUGCAACAUUUUUGGCUGUGAAGGGACACAAUCACCCUACAUUGGUGCAGCAACUAGUUUCUGAUCCAGUCCAUCCAGGAGACUCUGUGAUUCUACAGUGUACAGUACUCUCUCAGACCUGUACAGGAGAACGCAGUGUGUACUGGUUCAGAGCCGGAUCAGGAGAAUCCCAUCCAGGAGUUAUUUACACCCCUGGGAACAGGAGUGAUGCGUGUAAGAAGAACCCCGAGACUCCCUCUCCUACACAGAGCUGUGUCUACAGCCUCUCCAAGAACAACCUCAGUCUCUCUGAUGCUGGGACUUACUACUGUGCUGUGGCCACAUGUGGGGAGAUCCUGUUUGGCAAUGGAACAAACCUAAAUAUUGGAAGAUCUCUGGAUCAUGUUGUCAUUGGACUGGGAGUGACAUCAGUUUUCUGUGUGAUUGUGAUCAUUAUACUCGUUUUCAGCAGAAAUAAAAAGACAAUUUGUGAACAUUAUAAAGCAGUGAGUGUUGCUCAGCAUAUUGGACAUGACAACUCAACCACCGAAUGUGAUCAGGAACAAGACCCAGAGACUCUGAAUUAUGCUGCAUUGCAUUUCUCUGAGAGGAAAACUAAAAGAGGAACAAAGAAGAGAGAGACACAACAGGAGAGUGUGUGCUCUAAUGUCAGGUACUCAGAUUGA